AUGGAUUGGAUGUUGUGUUUAGCUCUGGAACGAACACAAAUCCUGUUCUACGCAGGCGUGAUGGUGUUCAUGGCUAAGCUGCAUGUAGUCGUGUACAAUAUUCAAAAUGGAAUAGACAACAACAACAACAGCAAUUAUAAUGAUUUGGCGCUUUCGGUUGCCCAGAUCUGGACGGACGGAGCGACACCUGCCGUAGCCAAGUCGGUCCUCCGCCCCUCGUCCCAGUCCAGUCUCCCGGGCAAUUCUUCGAUACCUUUCACAUUUGACCUUGGUCGAUUCCUCUACUCCGUGAUAGUGGAGGCUGAUCCGAGAGAAGCUCGUAAAGUCGAAAUCCCGAAUGCGCCAGCAUUCAUCCGGAGAUCCAAGACACAUUCCGCCAGUAUUCAGACUUUCAGCUCCAGACAGGGAGCGACGGACAAGCGUGAUGACGCCAAAGCUCCACACCUCAAACCGUUGAAGAUGCAGGCUGCAGGCUGGAGGCUCGCACAUCGGACCUCCUCCACCAACCCACCCGCAUCUAUUCCAUCUUUUCCCUUUUUCACCGUCAUUUGCUGCCUGGAAAUUAUGCUUGUCCGGGGCUCCGGUUCUCGUGCCCCGCUUUCUGCCACGCCGCCUUGCUUUGAGCCCAGCUUUGUGCCCAGCUUUGCCCCCAGCCCGCGCUGGAACGUCGGCUGGAACGAAUCCGUCGCCGCGUAG